AUGACAGAGAAGCCGUCAGUCCAGCAGGAAUUACAAAAUCAAUUCCCAGGAAGAUCAAAACAAAUAGCGAGUUUAAUGGGGCUCAUGGGAAAGCCUCACGAUCGCGUUAUACCGAGCAUUUUUAUUUACGGACAUCCAUCGUCAGGCAAAACUAGUGUUGUUCGCGCCAUUUUCGAGAAAUCACUCAAACGAUCGCAGUGGGCGUAUAUUAAUUGUGUUGAGUGUCACACACCCCAUAUGAUCUUUGAACACGCUUUGAAUCAGUGGUGUCACUGGACACCGUCGGUUGAAAACCGUUUUACGGGCAUAUGUCGUAUUCAAAACGUCCAUCAAUUUGUCAAGGCUGUUGAAGAGGGUGUCGCUGUUGACGAUAACAAUACGGUGGUCCAAUUUGGAAAGGAAGAAACGCAUUAUUUGGUACUUGACCGUGCAGAAAGACUUCGUGAUAUGGGCCCUACUCUUUUACCCGUUUUAUUGCGUUUAUCCGAGCUGACCGGACGAAACAUUUGUGUGAUCUUGCUUAGCACAAUUGUGUUCGAAAAGUUCAAAGUCAAGGGAGGAGCGUACGAGCCAUUAUACAUACGAUUCUCCGAAUAUUCAAAGGAGGAUACGCUUCAGAUAUUACAGCUGUUAUUCGAAACUACGGAUCGCCGUAUCGAGCUUCGACGAGACAGAAACGGAGAUGAAGAGGAAGAGGAAGAUAAUGAGGAUAACGGAGACGAAAGCAAUAACGAUCCGGAACCAGAAUUUGUGGAGCUGGACGACGAGUUUUUCACGGGGUUCUGCGAAGUUAUCUAUACCAUUUUCAAUCAUAACUGCAAAGAUAUCAAUGAACUCAAGUAUAUUGCCGCGCUCUUGUUUCCGUUAUAUAUCAAACCAAUCCGGAAACGCCAGGUUCAGAUGCAUGAAAAAGCAAGACUUUUAAAACAUGCACAACCCUAUUUUGCACAAGCAACAGACAAAUUGUACCUACGUGAAAUAUCGAGUACCGAGUGGAGUCGAGAAACGCGGCGAAUAGAAAAUAUGGAGGACGCGGGUGGAGAUGUGAAUAUGGCGUUCCUGAAAAGACCCUUGGCUCGUGAGAAAGGCGAGUUCGAUUUACCGUAUUAUACAAAAUUUCUACUCUUGUCAUCGUAUCUAGCGUCAUAUAAUCCUGCACGAUAUGAUGUUCGAUACUUCUCUAAAAUGGGAGAAACACGGGCACGAAAGAAAGGUGGCGGCACUCGUAAAGGAAAGGCUGAUCAGGGUGGCGGAAAAAUGCGACCGCAACUUCUCGGCCCUAAAGCAUUCCCUGUUGAACGUAUGCUUGCCAUCUUUUAUAGUAUCAUUGACGAUACUUUGGAGGAUUCCAUCGAUGUCCAGACUCAGAUCACAAGUCUAACGACCCUGCGGCUACUGGUACGGGCAAACAACAUGGACCGUUUGGAUGGAGCCAAGUUCAAGUGUAAUGUCAGUUUCGAGUUCAUCCGAGCUGUCGCAAACAGUGUGCGCUUUGAAAUCGACAAGUAUCUGUAUGACUUUAAUUAG